GCUGCCCGUGUCUCCGGAGAGGGAUCGCAGUGCGCAUGCGUGCUGUCCGCGCCAGCCUGUGUCAGCAGAUCGAGGCAGGCUGCGGAGCAGACAGACAGGGACAGGCAGGAUGAUGGUGGCGGUGCUACAGCUGGCGGCGGCAGUGAGCGCCCUGUGCUGGGGCUGGAGCCGGGGCUCGGAUGAUAUCGUGGUGGGCUGCGGGGGGUUUGUCAAGUCGGAGGUGGACAUUAACUACUCCCUGAUCGAGGUGGGUGUCCGUGCCAGGCCCGGGGGGGCCAGCAGCAGGCCGCACGCCCCAUUCAUUCCCUUCCUACACUGCCCUCUGACCCCCAUGCCCUCCAUGCUUUCCAUGUCUUCCAUUACAACCCCUGUCACUGCCUGUCCCUGCCUGCCCCGGCCGUGCUCUGUUAAAUGGGGGUGGACUCAAAAAUACAGCAUUUACCAGUUUGUAGGACUACAACUCCCACAAUGCUCGGCCAGCCACCAAGCUGUCAAAGCAGCAUUGGAGUUGUAGUACUUCACUCUCACCUAAAUGUAUGACAAACCUUGUUUUGUUGAAUCAUUAACUAUACGAUAUGAUAUGAUUCCAUAAGUAUAUGAAUGAAGUGAGCAGCACAAGCAGAUAAAGGAAGUUUGCGGCAAUAAGAAAUGCUAUAUAACAGGGGAUAAGAAGCUUUUGGCACUGCAGAUAUUGUAGACUACAUCUCCCUUUGAUGGGCUGCCUACUUUUUGGUUGUAAGAGCAUUAUGGGUGAUGUAGUCCACUAAAAUCUGUAGUGCAGAAGGUUGCCUAACCUUGCCAUGGAAGGUGUGAUUUGUGUUGCUAUUGGGCCCUAAUCACUUCUGGUUCUUUGAAGGACGCAUGUAGUAUUUAGCUUGUACUCUUUGCAGAAAGUCUGCAGAAUAUGUUGGAUUUAUAUAAAUAGAAAUAUUAAAUCUACUAAUUUAAAAUAAGGCAUCUCUUCUUUGAAUCACAGAGUUGUUACAAAAUGUCUUUCAAAAGUUUAUCUCUGCACGCCAUUUAAUAGGAUAUGGAGUUGAGUAGAUUUACACAGUGAGAAUUCCACAUUACUUUUGUUUUUAUAAAGAAUCUUUUUUACCACAAAAAAACGUUUUAAAUUAUUAUCGAACAUUAAUCAAAUGUUGUUUUCUUACAUUAUAGAUUAAGUUAUAUACAAAACAAGGCACUCUGAAAUAUCAGACUGAUUGUGCACCGAACAACGGUUACUUCAUGAUUCCUCUUUAUGAUAAGGUGAGUGGUCAGUAUUAGUUUUCUCUAAUAACCAGCUUGUGGUUAAAGGAACAAUGAAGGCUGAAGUUAAUUAUUUCUCUUUAAUACACUUUAUUGAAAAUGCUUUAAAAAGAUAGUCCUCCCUUCUGAUUUUUUUGCACUUGCAAUAAAAGCUCAGGCAUUGCUGCAAUCUGUGCAGAGUUUGUGGCAGACCAGGAAGUGACUCAGCCAUCAUGGUGUGCACCCUUAUUUUUCCAUGUCAGUGCUAUGGUCACCCCAAUAAUGUAUGCACAACUGUGUUUUACUUGCACAACAGGAGUUUCUAGAAGUUCUACAUCAGUUGUGAGCUUUCCACAAUACUGCCCAUUGUGUGCAUGAGGAAGAGUUUGCUACUAUUAGCACAAGAUAGGAUGCAGGGUUGCCUCCCGUUACCACAUUGCGAGAUUGAAGGCCAUAGUGCAACCCUGUGAGCCCUUCACUGACUUUACUUUUGCCUCACUAGUAUGGAAAGUGUAGUAAUGACAGACAGUAAUGGACAAACCAAGAUGUAAAGAUUUAUGUUAAAAAAAAAAAGUGGCUGAGUAGUGUCUAAUAACUAUGUUUUUUAUCUCUCACACACCAUAUUUUAAUAAAAUAAGCUGGCUUUAGUCCUGUGCCCGUCACCCACUACAUAACUACUCUAUGUGCAUUUAUUUUGUUGCUGCUGACUUGACUUCUUUCAUUGCAGUCUAUCAUUGAGCCCUUGUGAUUAAACAGCCCUGCUGUGGAGAGAAAUAUUUGGGCGCCAUGUCUCAUUUCUGGAUUCUCUCACACGACCAGUGCCUGAUAUUUUUCGAGACUUGGUUUAAGUGAAAUUCUGCAGAUGUGCCCAUCACUGAUUAAUGUUAAAAACAAAUCCGUGUCACUCAGGGAUUUAGAGAGAUUUGUCAGAUGGCUACACAGAAACAUGCACGAUUAGGCAAAAACAUAAAUAGGCGUAACUAGACACAAUUGACCUCCACAAUGCGUACAUUGUGUUGAUAUACUUGUUUUGCACUAUUUUGGCAAAAAUAUGGAACUGUUUUGGAGCAAUGAGUUUCAUAAGCAUGUGCAUUGAAUUGCAGUGCACAUUGAUUUUUAGAAAUAAACUAUUUUACGCUAGAUCUCUUUAUUUUACUUACACAUUAAUACCUAGGGGCACACCAGACUAUAAAUAGCAGACGUCAUACAUAAAGUUAGGAUGCAGAUGUAAAACAUACCUCUCCAAAACUGGCUAAGAUACAGAACUAAAUAAUAGUACACCGAUAAUUGUUUAAAAUAAGAAAAGGAUUACUUUAUUUUUGUUUUGUUAACUAUAAAAAUAAAUGAAAAAAUAGACAAUUGCUAUAGCAUGGCAUGCAAUACACACACAUCCAUGUAGGCCUACUGUUCAUAAAUAAAGAAAACUCACAUAAUGUUUAUUGUGUAUAGUCAUAUGCAGCUGUCAAAUAAGUCAAAAUAAAUACAUGUUAAACAAUUAACACUAGUCUGCUAAUAAGUGUUACCGUCUUUUAUGUUUUUGGCUAUAAACAGCCUUUUUUUUGCAGGUGUUUAUAGCAAUAUAAACAUGUAUUUAUUUCAAAUUUAUUGCAAAUGGCUGUAUACAAUAUGUGAAUUUGCUUUUAUUAGGAACUAUACUUCUGAAUGGCUGUAUGCUAUGCGGAUUGUCUAUAUUUUUCAUCAGCCUUUAUUUUUAUUCUUUAUGUGACAAAAAUAAAGUAAUACUUUUUUGUAAGGUUUACUAGUGUGCGGUUUUAUGAUUUAAUUCUCUUUAAUUUACUGAUUUAGGCCUCGAUUUAAUGGAUUUGCAUUUAAAAAAAAGUUUACAAAAUAUUUAAAUAUCAAAAAGUUAUUUCUAAAAUAAAUCAAUAUUCAAAGUAUUAACAUUUUUUAAUGAUUACAUUUUAAUAGUGUAUCCAAAAAUAUUAAAUCAAUUCAAAAGCUUAUCCCCCAAAAAUAUUAAAUUGAUCUUAACUUAAUCCGCUGGUUCUACAUGUAGUUGUUAGUCUGGAAUAUCUAUAUAAUGAAACCUGAUUGGGAGGGAUUUUGACCAUAAUUUCUAACUCUUGAAGCUAAAUAUGUAGGCUGUUUCAGAAUUGUGUAGUUGUAGGGCAUCCUUACCAGAUCUCUUGGUACUGCCUAAUGUUUUGUGGAAGGAUGAAUGGAAGUAUAUGAAAGAUGCACUGUGUAAAAGCAUAAAGUACAAAGAAAAUAAUUGUAGUGAGUUAGGCACAUGGGUAGGGAGGUGGCUAGAACGACAGUUUAAUGCCUUGCACUUAUCAGGUGGUAUGGUAUAACUUAUUAUACAAUAGUUCUUAAAUCAUGUUUUUUUCUAGUGAGUUAAAGUGGAGCUGUCACAUCUGAUUACAACCAGAUAGUUAAUUGAAUGUUGUCUGGCUUUGCCGUUUAAUUUAAUUUUUUUUCCAACUGUUAUUCAUUUUAAAUAACAUGCUGAGGAUAGAGUGUAAACUUGAUUAACCCUUACAUAGAUGGAAUACCAGUGUGUGCAUGUGCUUGUAUGAUAUUUCUGUGCAUGUGUCUAAUCGUGCCUGAUGGUGUUGAACUCACACAGAGCGUGUAAGUACUACAUUGAUUUAGAUUUAGUUUUUCUUAAACCUCUGCAGUACUACUUACCCCCUAGUAACCAAGAAAAUAUCAAAUACAGAGAAAUAAUGAAAGUUCUGUUUUAAUGAACAUUAUUGGUUUAUUCACCAAACUAUUAAUUGUAGUGAAUAUUAAACAAUAUUGCUAUAUUAAUGCCUAAACACAAUUGUUUAAUGAUAAGCCCCCUGUGUUUUAAUUGAUGGGGGGUGGAAAGAUUCCAUCUAAUUGCAUAUCAAUUUAUUUGUUGGGGACAAGUGAUGGGAGCAUACAUGGAUAGAUGAUUGAGGGGAACAGAUAUUGGAUUAGAUAAAGAUGUGCAGAAUAGGAAAGCCUUCAUUUUAGGGGAGAAGAUCAUCCCAGGUAGAUAGAUUUGGAGGGGGGAGGGGAGAUAUGAAUUUAUGUGGUUGAGGAAAAAGCUGUGAUAUGGUUGUAUGCCAAAAUAAAAAUAAUGGGAUAAAUAGAAUAGGUCAAGAUGAAUGUAAAAAUAAAGGGGAUGAGGAUUUAAAGUUGGAAGAAGGGCAAGAUGGAACACACAGCACUGAAGCAUGAUCUAGGUCACAGGCAUAGGCAACCUUCGGCACUCCAGAUGUUUUGGACUACACCUCCCAUGAUGCUUUGCCAGCACUAUGGGUGUCAGAGCAUUAUGGGGGAUGUAGUCCAAAACAUCUGGAGUGCCGAAGGUUGCCUACCCCUGAUCUAGUAAAAUCACAGCCUAGUAGAUGGGUCUCCAUAUUGGGGAUGCCAGGUAAUUGGAGGAGAGGCUUGAUGGGUAUAUAAGAUUAGAUUAAAACCUGGAACAAGCCAAGUGGAAGAUCAAGUAUUAAUUUAUGUUGUGCAGAAGCAACUAAGUAGACGUAAUGCUGGAAAGUCACUUUUAUAAUUGAUCAUCUUAGAAUGUACAAACAUUAUGUUGUGUAAUAGUGUAACUGCUUCUUUGAUGUUUAUGGCUGUGAAAGUUAAUAGUGAUUGUAUUUCCUUCAGGCAGCUAUUGAUGUGUUUUUGUUCUUUCAGGGGGACUUUGUGCUUAAGAUCGAGCCUCCCCUAGGCUGGAGUUUUGGUGAGUAUCUGUUUCUUCUCCGUAAUAGCUGCUGUCAACUCCUACGGGGUUGGUGUGUAUAUGUUUUUCAUUCCCAGAACUCUCCUAUUUGCAUUAGUUAGAUAUCAUCAGAAACUACCUGGGGACCGCAGGUGUGCAACAUCCUCCUUCUACAAUCGUGUUGCUUUUUACUAAAUGUGGAUCAGUUUGCUGAUGUAUGAGUGCUAAUCGCAAAACAUAUCGUUAUGUCAUUGUUAUAUAAUAAUAAUAUACACAGAAUGGUGUAAUGAUUAAAACCUGCUACACAAGCGGCAAAGAAAUUUGCCUUCUUUCCUGCUUUAUUUCUGGCAGUAUUGUAGGCCUGUUGACAACGUUACCUCUUUCCACAUUGCAAUAUCUGAUAUUCAUGUUAAUUUUACUGAUUUGUUUUAUAUCCUCCCAAUACCCUUUCCUUUGCUCUUUUUUUAAUUAGAAACAGUAUUUAUUUAUUGUAUAAACCAUCCUCAUUACAUUUGAAAGGGAUUUAUUUGUGUUUAACUGUUGGCUUCAAAGAAGCCGCAAAAUCCAAGCUGUGUUUUUUUUUUUUUUUUCAUUUUUUUUUUUAAUGUAGUUUUAUUUUUGAGACAAAGUGACAUAAUUCAUUGUAUUUGCUUGUUUGUGUGCAGCACCUACAAUACUGGCCCUUGAAAAUGUCGAUUCACCAUUAUUGAGCGCCAGUUUUUAGUUAAUAUAUGCAGAAGUGGUACAUGCACAAUGGAACAUUCAUCACUGCAUAACAAUUUAACCAUUUCACUGCCAUAGGGCUGUAUAUCACCACUAUCACUGUGAAAAUAAAACAACGUAUUUCUAUAAACCUUUUAAUCCAGAUCGCACCUUUUCAUCUGGAAAUUAUAGGAUCCAGAACUGUAAUUUUAAAAUAUUGUUUUUCUUAAUGACUUUUAAAUAAUUGUUACUUAAUUCUUUUAUUAUAGAGCCUACAAGUGUCCCUCUACAUGUGGAUGGAGUGAACGAUAUUUGUACUAAAGGAGGAGAUGUUAAUUUUGUUUUUACGGGCUUCAUGGUUAACGGAAAGGUAAUUCAGGCAAACUACAUUUUAGUAAUCCUAAUUUCAGUACAGGAAAUUCCAGUCCAUGUGAUUUUUGGUCCCUUUUUCAUCUACUUUUUUAACACUUUGUUUGAAAAUGCAAACCUACACACUAGGGUUCGACGGAUUAUCGGUUUUGCCGAUAUUCCGUUUUUUUUUUUUUGUUUUUUUUUUUAAGUAUCGGCCGAUAAUCACUGACAACACCUAUAAUGAAUGCGUAGGCUGGCGCGUCCAUAAGGGGUGGGGGUUAUAAGGAACACUAUGGGACCAGGGGUGGGGGUGGUAAGGACCACUACAGGGGAGGGGAGAAAAGAACACUUUUUGCACAAACAAAACGAUAAAUGUACAGCAUAUUGGUAAGCGAUCGGUCUGAACGUUCACAGAUUAUCUGUAUCGGCUCUAAAAAAAUAAUAUUGGUUGAUCUCUACUACACACUCCCAAUGGACUGACUCGUGAUACUUGCUCCAGAUAAGUGACAAAGUAUCAUUAUACAGUGACUUGCUCAUGUGGGGAAUGAACGCUGAAUAAGGAAAUUGGCUGUGUGAGCUCAUUUAAUGAGGGCCCUUAUCUCCUCCUGAUCCUGUCAAACUUGUUUUGCCACUUCUGCUUUUGUCAUGUUGCACAAAUCCAAAGAGGAUGUUGGUUUAUAAAUUAUAAUGUAUGUUCAUGGACAAUCCCAUGUGCAAACUAGUGUAUGAAAAUCAUGCAAAAAAAUAUACCAAAUGAUACCGCACUCAAUAGAAUAGAUAUAACUGAAUAUAAGUUUAUUAGCAAAAAUGUAAGCUAUCUUAUAUAAAGACAAGAGAACACCAUAUAUUUAUAUAUGAAAAAUAUCUUAUUCACUAUACUAUAAAGUGCUAAAGUGCAAAAUAUCACAUCACCAUGGUUCCUAAAUGAACAUUAAUAAAAUACAAACAUUAAUGCCUGUUUCAAAAUCCUCUGCACAGAAUAAACCACAUGGUCCAGCAAAACAACAGACUGUACAUAAGGGUAUUGAGUUUUGUGAGAAAAAAUCCUGGUAAUGUACAUCAAAGUUAAAAAAUAGGGAUCCCAGAACAAAACUCAAUGUUGGGGGGGGGGGGGGAAAGGGUCAUGGACUGAUCUCACCCAUGUGUUUGGCUGGGAGGCUUCCUGUUUGCUUUAAGAGUCCCAAAUCCAGAUGGAUAUACUCUUCUGUAAUGUGUCCCAAGUGUUCUCUUUAGAAACUCCCCCUGUAACUCAUUUUUAAUAAAUUUUAUAUUCUGUUAAAUCUAUUCUAUUGAGUGCGGUAUCAUUUGGUAUAAUUUUUUUUUGUAUAAUAUUAUUGAGGGUCUUUCGAGGUGACCCUGAUACCUAUUGUGAUUGAAUGCAAGUACUACUUGUGUUUUUUGUUGGUUUUUUUUUUUUGUAUGAAAAUCAUGGUUUAAUUGUGAUCUGCUCAUCUGCACAGUUAGCCAAUCAUUGCUAUGUAUUUGAUGUCUAAUCUGAAAGGUGAUUUCAACUUUACCUCAGCCACAAUAUAGGAGCAGAGGACAACAUUAGGUGACGGGAGGAUCCUGAGCUUUGUCAGUCCACUUAAAUAGUUUGACAGAAACCACGGAGACGACACCCAAAAACUGCUAGUAAUGUAACUACUACAAUGAGCUGCAGUGGUCAUGGUGCUUAGAAUACUGCUUUGAUGCAUAACUUGCUGGUAUGAGGUGUGUGGCGGAACCAACCUCGCCACUGUCCACUGGAGAGGCCUGGUUGCUCGCCUGCUCCCUUUAGACUAUGGUCCUGCAUUUUAUUUUACCUGCAGAAAGGUUUAUUCGUGCCUUUCUGCGGACUGUUAAAGCCAUGCUACCCCAGAUAGCUAUGCCAUGGAGCCCAGCCGUAUACUGAAAGACUGUAUGAAAGACUUUGGCUCCAUGGCGAUUGAACUGUAUGUAUGUGAUCUGAGCACCAUCCGGUAGUAAUGGGCGCUCAGAUCUAAGCUAUCUGGGGAUAGGUAGAAUGUGUAUGUUCUAUGUGAUAAAUGUAACCGUAUGUAUUUUUAUGUCUUUUAUUGUCCUUUGUCUGCCAUAUGGCUAAUGGAGUUUUGCCUCUGUCCUUGGAGAUAAUUGGAUUACUUCACAAUUAUCUUCAGGAUAGAAGACUCUGUGGAACUGGUUUUGGGCAGAAAAGCCAUGCUUCAUUUGGUCAAAUAGGACUUUCCCUUAACUUUUUAACCCCUGGAUGGAAUUGGCUGAAUUUUGGUUAUGUUUCUAUUUUAUGUGAAUAUGAUGCAUAUUUUUAAAGUUAUAGUGUAUGUAUAAAAAGUGUAUUUUUCCUGCCUGUGUUAAAUUUCAUUAACCCAUUGUGUUCAGUAAUGAUAUCACAGGCAGAGGGGAGGGAUGUGUUUGUGCUGGGUGUGUUUUAUGGCUGUCCUGUAAAUGAUUGGUUGUACUGUGUCCCACCCAGUGUGUGGCCAUUACAGUGGAGUUCCUGCUUAACCCUGAAAGUGAAGUGUCGUCUCAUUAUUGGGGGAGGAUUUAUUGUAUGCUGUUCCAGUUUGACUGCUAGGAGUGUAAACCUAUUCACAUGGGUUUCCUAUUCGGCUGUAUACAACAUUCAUAUGCUUAAAAGUACUCAUAUGCUUCUCCGGUUUGGUGAUUGUGGUGUCUGCCAGAGUGCUUGGAGUCCUCAGGAAACGCUAGGAGCAUCCUUUAACGGAGGUACCCAGUCGGGGUGCCAGGCGAUCCGUUACAAGGUGUUUAAGCACUAGAGUGUAAUAACAGAACAUAUGAUUCUUUUAAGCACCAUAACCAUUAUACGUCUUGUAGUGCUUAUUGUUAAAGCAGUCUUUGGGUGCCAUUUUCCCCCUUCUUUUACUGUUAUUCAUUAAUUGUUUGACAAAAAAUACAUCUCUCCCCGCAUUCAAAGCCCAGGCUCUUUUUUUUUUUCCUAAAGCUUGCAGCCUAUCAUUGUCAUUGAAGGUGGGGUGUAUCAUGCAGAAGAGGCCAGGUACUAAGUAUCAGAAGAUGCUAGGUUUUAGUCAAUGUGCAUUGAACGAGUUACCAAGGUGUGCUUGCCCUGUUCUAGCUGUUUUUUACUCUAUAUUCUUCGAGGCUACAAUGUAUUAAAAUCACAGGAGGUCUGCUGUUUCUGAGUUACUGGUAUCAUCAUAUCUAGAAGCACUAAUGAUCUCAUUGGCCCAAGUAUCUUAGAUAUGGUUUUACCAUCUAAUGUAUGUUCAGAUACAUUAAACUUCUUCACUAUGUCUACAGCAUACAUUACUUUGAGAUGCAAUGCUGUUAAUGAGCAUGACUACAGAAUAACAUGGUUACUGAGUCUUUUUGUAUCAAAUUAUCAUUAUAUGUGUUUGUAUAUAAAAUAUAUUGCAUGGGACAUGUACAGUAUACUUCUACAUGCGUAUGUGGUCUGCCAUCUGUUGUAAUACACCAAACCUAAAGGGGGGAAGCAGUCACUAACAUACAUCAGUAUAUACAUAUUAACAUUUCUAGAGUGAGAUGUAAUUAUGAUAUCUUGCUGUCUGUUCCAGGUAUUGAGUAGAAAUCAGAAUCUGGGGCCUGGGGGUGUACAGGUUGCCUUGAGACGAACUGGAAGUGGAGUGAAUUUUCAAACCACAGUUACUCAAACAGGAGGAAAGUAAGUUCUUUGAUUGAAGACCAAUUUUAUAUUCCAAAUACUCAUCCAUCAUAAUAUUUAAAGCUCUUAUUUCUACAAAUUAAGGCAUGUUUUACCCAGUUGUAGCCUGUUAAAAAAAAAAAAAAAACUUAAUGUAUUGGUUGCCUUAGUUAAGCCAUCAAAAGCCAGACACUUUUUUUUUGCAUUAGAAAUGCUACUGGCUAAUUAUGAAUAUUACUAAUGAACACCUUUUUUCUGGUUCUAGGUUUGCGUUCUAUAAGGUGCUCCCCGGAGACUAUGAAAUAAUUGCUUCCCAUCAGAAUUGGGUUUUAAAAGAGGUAUUUUUAUAA